CCACGGCAUAUUCCCCCCAACCCCAAACCAAACCAGAUCAGUGAGCCGCACUCUGCUCGCUCCCUCUCCAAGCCGGGACACAUGGCGGCGGCGGCGGUGACGUCCAACGGCGGCGCGGCGGCGGCAGCGAACGGGCCGUCGCCCGGGCGGCUGGCCUCCGUGUACAGCGAGGUGCAGACGAGCCGCCUCCUGCACGCGCUGCCCCUCCCCUCCGUCCUCCGCUCCGACUUCUCCGUCGUCGACGGGCCCGCCAGCUCCGCCGCGGGCAACCCCGAUGAGAUCGCCAAGCUCUUCCCCAACCUGUUCGGCCAGCCUUCGGCGUCGCUGGUGCCGUCGGCCGAGCCCGCGGCGACCAGGCCGCUCAAGGUCGGUGUCGUGCUCUCCGGUGGACAGGCGCCAGGCGGGCACAAUGUGAUCUGCGGCAUCUUCGAUUACCUGCAGGAGCGUGCUAAAGGCAGCACUAUGUAUGGAUUCAAGGGAGGUCCAGCUGGGAUCAUGAAGUGCAAAUACGUGGAGCUCAAUUCUGACUAUGUAUACCCCUACAGAAACCAGGGAGGAUUUGAUAUGAUCUGCAGUGGAAGGGACAAAAUUGAAACACCAGAGCAGUUCAAGCAAGCUGAAGACACAGCCAACAAGCUUGAUUUGGACGGACUUGUUGUCAUUGGUGGUGAUGAUUCAAACACCAAUGCCUGCCUCCUUGCAGAAUAUUUUAGGUCAAAAAACAUGAAGACUCGUGUCAUUGGCUGCCCAAAGACUAUUGAUGGAGAUCUGAAAUGUAAGGAGGUUCCCACAAGCUUUGGAUUUGAUACUGCUUGCAAGAUAUACUCUGAAAUGAUCGGCAAUGUCAUGACUGAUGCAAGGUCAACUGGAAAAUACUACCACUUUGUGAGGCUUAUGGGACGUGCUGCUUCUCACAUUACAUUGGAGUGCGCUUUGCAAACACAUCCUAAUGCUGCACUCAUUGGUGAAGAGGUUGCUGCAAAGAAGCAAACUCUCAAGAAUGUCACAGACUACCUUACCGAUAUCAUCUGCAAGCGUGCAGAUCUUGGUUACAACUAUGGUGUUAUCCUUAUACCAGAGGGCCUGAUUGAUUUCAUCCCAGAGGUUCAAAAACUCAUUGCGGAAUUGAAUGAAAUUUUGGCACAUGAUGUUGUUGAUGAGGCAGGGGCUUGGAAAAGCAAGCUUGAGCCAGAAUCCAGACAGCUGUUUGACUUUUUGCCCAAAACUAUUCAGGAGCAACUUUUGCUUGAAAGGGAUCCUCAUGGCAAUGUUCAGGUUGCAAAAAUUGAAACUGAGAAAAUGCUUAUUACCAUGGUUGAAACUGAAUUGGAGAAGAGAAAAGCUGAGGGGCGAUACCAUGCAAGCUUCAGAGGACAGUCUCACUUCUUUGGAUAUGAAGGAAGAUGCGGUCUUCCUACUAAUUUUGAUUCUAGCUAUUGCUAUGCAUUGGGCUAUGGAUCUGGUGCCCUUCUCCAAAGUCGGAAGACAGGACUUAUUACCUCGGUUGGCAACCUUGCUGCUCCUGUAGAAGAAUGGACUGUUGGUGGAACUGCUUUGACUUCAUUGAUGGAUGUCGAGAGGAGGCAUGGCAAGUUCAAGCCAGUGAUCAAGAAGGCUAUGGUGGAACUUGAUGGUGCACCUUUCAAGAAGUUUGCAUCAAUGCGAGAUGAGUGGGCCAUCAAGAACAGAUACAUCAGCCCUGGCCCCAUCCAGUUCAGUGGACCCGGAAGCGAUGACUCGAACCACACUUUGAUGCUGGAACUCGGCGCCCAGGCUUAGAGAUGCGUCUACGUGGCCUGCGCCUUUAAUUCUUUUUGUUCUUACAGUUUUGGAAGUGGAGACUGGGGCUCCUCUAGAGCAGCAUGCAGUCUCCUUUUUGUGAAAUGUCAAAAAAUAAGAGGUUUUACCGGAGUUUGUUGCGUUAGGCGGAUGGAUGUGGUAGUAAUAAGGACUGGUUUUAGUUUUUGUAUGUUUCGGUUGCCCUAUUCACGCACAAACUUGUCCUGUGGCCCUGAUUAUCUGAUUCUGUUACCAUGGUCGCAACCUUGUGAACAUGUACGUACCGUGCCAUCCAUGUUGAGAGGAAUACUACCUGAUUUUAGUUUAUUUGUGUGUCAGCGGACUAAUUUACAUCAAAGACUAGAAAUAUGGCUAUGCCCCCAACCCCAAUGUUGGUUUGAGACUGCAAGGAUGUAUUUGGUUGCAUGCAUCAUGUAUGGAUGACCCUGGAUGGUGUGGUUCAACCAAUUUUUUAAAUUAUAUCAAGUAUUCAA